AUGGAGCGUCGCAGGCGAGCUCUGAUCAUCCUGUUCCUAUUCCUCGUGGAGUCAGCUCUCCUUCCAGCACAAUGCCAGGUGCUGAGAACCAAUCACCCUCCGCCCUUCAACUUCAGCAGCGGUAUCGUGCGGCUUAUCAUCAAAUCGUACACCGAUGAGCUGAUCCGGGACCUGGGCGACAGUCCCGCGCUGCGACUGAGCGAGUCGCAGGCCGAGUUCGUGCGCCAGCGGCUGGGUCGCCUCUACGAGCACGUGCGCCGCCACCCGGCUCUCCACCAGCGCUACCUGUGGGUGGGACGGGACAGGCCACAGGCCAGCCCCGACGAGCCACUUGCCGGAUACGAGCCCCCUUCGACGGUGAGCAAGCGUGGAGACAGCGGCAGCCGACAGCAACGGUCCUCGCCCCCACGGAUGCCCCAGGGCGGCGAGCGUGGCAGCGUGCGGGGCGUGAAGAGGACCCCUCCGGAGACGCCGAUAACGCCCCUGUCGGAAGAGAUAUGCCGCACGAGCACCGCCUGGGAGAGGCUCAACGAGACGGUCGACUCGUUCGGCAACGCCGUAGAGGUGGUCCAGGACGAGGCCUUUCCCCAGUGGGUCUUCUCGUACCGCUGCGCCUCGCAGGGCACGCCCUGCGUCGGCAUUGACGCCAUGUACGACAGUGAGUGCACGGAGCGUUCGGGCUUCAUGAUCCUGUACCACCGAAAGAGUGGCUCCGCCAACGACAGCCUGCCAUCGUGGGGCGCCGUUGAGGUGCCGCAUCACUGCACCUGCAAGAUCACUCCCAAGGUCAUCACCGAGUCUUGAGCCGUCCAUGCGACCCACCCGAAGCUGAGUGGAAACGAGGAUUUUCAACAGUGAAGCGUAGCAAGCUUCCGGGAGGCGCACACAACAAGACAACAGUGAAGACUGCAGACAAAAAAGCUAACAACGCUGGCAAAUAAAAAUAAAAAAAAGUCGGGUGCUGAAGAAAGCGCCACUUCCGGUUUCGUCCGGUGUAAGCACA